AUGAAAGUACUUUUUAUGACUGUCAAUGUGGCUUGUCAGGUUUUAACUUGUUGUUUCACAUUAGGAUUUGCUAUUGGUACUUUAACCAUUUUUUUCGACAAUUACUAUGGUUCUGAUAACAACGAAUAUUGUUCGGAACGAACAAUAUCAACAUUGCUAUUAGCAUGGUCUUGUUUUGAUUUUCUAUCUGUUCUUUUUAGCAUUUGUGUGAUUGCAAGUGCUUUUUUCGAAAAUUGUUUACAAACUCCGAAAACUAGAAAACGAAGACUUGACGAUGAUAUUAAUCAGUAUACAUCAAUUACGUUUUUAGGGCUCAAAAUUAUUUGUUUUUUCGGAUCACUAGGGGUACUAUGUUAUUUGACCUAUUUAUUAUUUGCCGAGGAUUGUGAAGGUGUCAACAAUUCUCUUUUUGUGUCUGUGGUCAUUAUUGUCGUCUGUGAGUGGUUUGCCAUAACAGCUGUGUCGUGUUGUUUUUUGUGCUCACUUACUGGCUUACUGGGUUAUUUAAUAUUUAUUGGACUUACUGCCACCAAUUUACAAAGCUCUAGAUAUUUCUCUGAUUCACGAAAUGAGAGCCAACAAAAAUCAACAGUUGGAGAAACAAUUCUAGAUGAUCAUAGAAGACACGAAGAAGAAAAGAGUUUACUCAGGAAAGAAAAAGCUGAGAAGGAAAAGUUCAAGAAAAUUUAUUCUCCCUAUCACAAGCAUUUCAUACAUGGAACUUCCAUACCAGAUCCACUCAAAGACUGA